AGACGUGGAGGGCGAAACAGAAACCAAAACCAGCGGGAGCGUCGCGGCAAAGGUUUCCGCCCACCGCGGCACGUGAUCGGAUGACGCCACGCCGUCUUGUUUUUCUUGGUGAUGCUCGUUCUUGAAUCAUCCAGUUUUGUCGGCGGGCGCCCGUGUCUGGAAGCGAGUGCGUUGGAAACAGCUCCGAGGCCGAGCAGAGACUAGCUGUGCGACGUGGAGAACGUAGUAGUGCUCUGUAGUGUUUGGUCAUCGUUUUUUUUUUCGGGUGCUCUCGCGUGCCCUUGCAGAGUGAGUGAGAUCGCAUUGCUUCUCCUGCUAGAAACUCGUCGGAGUGGAGUAUCUCUGUUGUCUGCACCGUACACAGUGGAUUGUUCAGAAUGGUGAUCAAAAUGUACAUCUCCGGCAUCUCCGCCAGCAAGGAGGUUAAAAAGAACCAGCAAAGGGCCUUAAUGAUCUUGGAGUCGAUAAAGGUGCCCUUUGAGAGUAUCGAUAUCACUGAACCUGGCAAAGAAGAAGACAGGGACUUCAUGAAGGAGCAUUGCAAGAAGGUUGAUGGUGUUUGCACUCUCCCACCACAUUUCUUCAACGAAAAGGAAUACUGCGGGGAUUAUGAAGACUUUGACCAGGCUACAGAAGAGGAUAGGUUGAUCCUUUUCCUGAAGCUUGACCCUUCAGAGUACAACCUGAAUGGAUCGAGUGUGGUGCCCGAAGGCUUGGAGCCCAUUGUCUCUCCUAGUGACAAAGGUGAUUUAGAGGUCGAGUCUGGUAUGGUGAAUGGUACACAUGAAGACAGCACACGUGAGGGUGGUACCGGGGACCGUGAAGAAAACAUGGAGGUCAGUGGUGACAGCAAAGAUCAGAAACAGGAAGGCAGUACAGAGGAGGGUGAUGCCGAAGAGAAGGGCGAAGUCGACAAAGUUACGGAAAACGUCGAAGAAGGAAAACAAAAAGAUGUGGAGCAGAAGGAUGAGGGUGGGACUAAGGGUGACGAAGUUGACAGCAAAUCUGAAGAAAAGACCAGAGGUGCUCCAAAUGAUGAACAUGAAGAAGAGAAGGCCGAUGACGAUGAGAUGAAAGCUGAUGAUGAAGCAACAGAAGAGCUAAGUGGUGAAAAAGAAGACAUGGCGGAUGUUGAAGAGGAAAAAGAAGAGUGAUCUCUUACAUCAUUAAGGAAGAAAAACACUUUAGGAAUUCGCUGCCGUUGUGUACAUUUUUGUGCAAUUUUCUAUUGUUUGCAGUGUUCACUGUGGUGGAACAGCAGAGUUCAGAUGUCUCUUUUCUUUGUUUGAGAGGGAAUGCAAUAGUAACGUGUAUACUAGCAAGACCACUGCCAUCAGCAGUCUGGAACCAAUUCUGUAUUAGGAUGUCAUUGAUGUGCAACACAUUACAUGAAGUAAUCGGGCAUUCCAAAUUUGCUCCUUUUGCAGAUAAAAAUCUGUCGUCACCCAUGUGGCACAAUAUGAAUAGUAAGCAUUUGAUGUGUAACCAUAGCAUUAUUUUUUGCAUAAACCUAUGGUUGCAUAUAAAAGAGAGUAAAAAAGCUGUUGCCCUGGCCACUGGAUACUACUAGGUUUUGCUGAGCAUUCAUUAUGCCAUAAAUGACUACAGAUGCUACAUUUGGCUUAUGCCACUUGUGGCUUUAUCUGACAUUUAUUUUGCCUUGUGCAUAUAUCCUUUUUUUUCAUAGCCCUUCUAGAAAGAGACAGAAGCUACAUUUCGGGAAAGUAUGAAAGCUCGAACUCAUUUGUCACACACACCCUAGAACUAUGAACUUCAGUUGCUAAGCUUUGCCAAUAUCACCUGAAGCAGCAGCUAAGGAUAUCUAUCCUAUUACGAGAGGUGUUACUGAUUAUAUGCUCAAUUUUUUAGGCUUGCAUAUUUGUAUAUAUCAUUGCAGGUACAAAAUGUGCCAAAAUUGCUGUAAAAAGCUCUUUUCUAGAACUACAUCUAUAUUAGAGCUUAAUAAAGUGGUUCGUUAUACAUA